AUGUGGGAAGUGCCUGAUGGGCUAUCUGCUCACCUCAGCUCCAGUGAUGCCAAUACUUCUAUUGCAAAUCAAUAUUGCAAGCCAGAGGUUGCUCCUCUGCCUGCACAACCUCCUUCUGGAGGAGGGAUUGCGCCCUUGGAUCAUGAAAGAGACAUUGAUGGAGGGGAGGACAUCAGCUUGGCACAGCGGAGACUGCAAUGUCAGAACCGCCAGCUGCCCCCAAGAUUUAGGGAUGUGCUUCCUCAGCCUCCACCCAUGGUGCCUAUGGAAGUGCAAGCCCAACCUCCGGAAUCUGUCAGAUCUGUUGUCACUUCAGCUCAACCACUCACUGUGCAUGCGUGCACAGUUUUUCAUACCCCACCAAAUAUUUUUGGGCUAGUGCAUCAAUACUUCUCCUUGCAACCACCAUCCCACAACCCAGAAGAGUAUAUCACUCUCACAGACCUCUCAUUCAUACCAGUGUAG